GCAAAAAUCAUCCGUUACUUUUUUAAUUUAUUUGAUUGGGCGGGCUGGGCAGCGUAUCACCGAGAUGAGAGCAGAAAAAAUAAUUUUCCCCCCUCCCCCCCUUCUCUCUUUAUUUAUUCCGCCUUUUUUUUUUUGCUUCAAAUGACAAUUAAAGAAUACAGUUUAGAGCAAGUGGCAAAGCAUGCAAGCGAAGACUCUUGUUGGGUAAUCUAUCAAGAUAAAGUAUAUGAUGUUACUGAGUUCAUGCAAGAUCAUCCUGGCGGAGAAGAUCUUAUUUUUGACUACGCCGGUAAAGAUGUUACAAAUGUCAUGAAGGAUGUGCUUGAACAUGAACAUUCUGAUUCUGCCUAUGAAAUUUUAUCUGAAUACUGUAUUGGAACCAUUGUCGAAAAACCACAAGAAACAAAACAGAAAAGCAAGACUCCCUUGACACUUCAUGAACAACGUAUGCUUUUACUCGAAGAGGAAGAAGAAAGCAAAACAUUUGGCAAAGAAGACUUCCACCCAACCGAGACAGAUAUAACUACAGAUGUCAAGAAGAACCAGUUCUUGGAUCUUAGUAAAGCGCUAGUACCUCAGCUCAUUCGUGCUAGAUAUACAAAGGAAUUCUACCUGGAACAAGUACAUAAGCCUCGUUAUAUGUCUACACCUGCCAUUUUCUUUGGUCACCCUUUACUUGAACCCUUAACAAAGACAGCUUGGUAUGUCAUCCCAACAGUUUGGUUACCUUAUGCUGGCUAUCAACUUUACAACUCGCUUGUUUUUGGAAACAUUAAGGGCUCGAGUUUAUCAUUUGUGCUUGGUAUACUUAUUUGGUCUUUAUUGGAAUAUCUUCUUCAUCGCUUCUUUUUCCAUUUGGAUGAUUAUUUACCCGACACACAAUUGGCCUUUGUCUUACAUUUUGUUAUUCACGGCUUCCAUCACUAUUUGCCUAUGGACAAGUUGAGAUUGGUUAUGCCACCUACACUUUGUAUUGUCAUUGCAUACCCUCUUGUUACUUUAGGACACAUUUUAUUUCCUCCAAUGAUGGCACAUGCGGUAAUUGCUGGUGGCUUCUUUGGAUACAUCUUGUAUGAUUGUACACAUUAUUACCUCCAUCACGCUAGAGUAUUUAAGGUUCAUUUCAAAGAAAUGAAGAAGUAUCAUAUGGCCCAUCAUUAUAAGAAUUAUGAAGGAGGUUAUGGUAUCACUUCAAAGAUUUGGGAUUAUUGCUUUGGAACUGUAUUAGAAUACAAUCCCACCAAGACUGCCUAAAUAUAACAACAAAAACAACAAAAUUCAUCUACUACUUACAUACGCUCACUUCUUUUUUAUUUACCUUCAUAAUAAUACUUAAUAAAUACAUUUGAAAUGAUACAUUCUAAUUGGGUCACCUACGGAUUCUAGACUUUUUGUUUAUGUACAUGUAAAAUAAAGUGAGGGG